GCAGCCGCCUUCGCCGAGAGCGGCUGUCCAAUGCUGCGCGCAACGCCGCUCAUCUGGGGCGGCGCGCCGCCUCCGCAGAGUGACGGCGGUGGCGGUGGCGCGUCGCUCGUCCUGUUGGCCGAUCUCCUCUAUUUUCGCGGCAGUUCGCUGUUUGAGCCGGACACACUCGAGCCGCUCGCGGAGACCGUCCGCCUCGCACUCGCCGCGCGCUGCUCCUUCGCCCUCUGCUGCUUCCGCGUGCGCGACCGGCGGAGGGAGGCGCACUUCCGCGCGCUGUGCGAGGCGCGAGGUCUGGCCGUCUCCGAGCCGCUGAGCGAGGCGCGCCUCGCCACCAUGCUCCCGCCCGGCAGCGCGACGGAUGUGGAGGCGACGGGGCCUCUCCGCCUGUGGCGCAUUCGAGGGCAGGCAGGACCGGGCACCGGCACGGACGACAACUCACCGAGAGUGGAGGAAUGAGUGUCAUUUUCUCAUAAAAAUACAAAUA